AUGUUAGUGGUACAGGCAAAUCUUCAGGAGAAGGAGCUCGCAACGAGCGAAUUAAUGUUAGAAGUAAGCAAGGGAGGGAUGAGCUUAGCCCUGAUCCAGGAACCAUAUGUGGGGGGAGGAUAUAUGAGGGACUAUCGGGGAGCGCGCAUUUUUCAAAGCGGACAGACAGAGGGAGCAGUAAAGGCAGCGAUAGCCGUAUUUGACAAUAAUAUCUACGUUACUCAAUGUCCGACUCUCACCACAAAUAACAUCGCAGUGGUUGUAGUCAAAACAAAUACCUGGGAGAUGGGUGUCAUCUCACUCUAUCUAGAGCCGGAUGUACCCAUCGAACCGUACAUGGAUCAACUAAAGGAUAUAGUUACGAAAUUGGGAAAAAUGAAAAUAUUGAUUAGAGGUGACACAAAUGCGUGGAGCCCUUGGUGGGGCAGUAUAAAGGAAGAUAAACGAAGAGAAACGCUUUUGGGUACUCUAAACCACCUAGAUCUUCACAUACUUAAUAAAGGAGAAACCCCAACUUACGAUACGGUGAGAGGCGGUAAAAUAUAUCAGAGCCAUGUCGACAUCACAGUGUGCUCGAAAAACUUAUUUAGUCUGGUAGAGGAUUGGAAGAUUGACGACAGCGUGACAAGUUCAGAUCACAACACUAUUAUAUUUAGAAUUAAUCAAGUAAAAACAGUUGGGCUUAAAAUAGAAAGAGUUACAAGAUUAUAUGAUAGUAAAAAAUCGAAUUGGAGUCAGUUUCGUGAGAAACUGGCACAAUUGCUAACAGAUAAAAAUUUAAAAAUAUUAGAAAUAAAUAAAAUAGACAAUAAGGAAAAUUUAGAGUAUAAAUUAGGUGAAUAUUUGGAAACAAUUAAAGAAACAUGCGAGGCCACAAUCCCAAAAAUUAAAAAUAAAGUUAAAGUUACCCUGCCGUGGUGGAACCAAGAACUUGUUGCGCUUAAGAAAAAUGUCAUCAUUAAAAAACGCCGCAUAAGAUGUGCUGCCGCGGUGCGACGAGCCGCCGUCGUCAAGGAGUACUUAGAAGCGAAAGACAAAUAUGAGUAUGAAGCAAAAAAGGCUCAAAUCAAAAGCUGGAAGGAGUUCUGUGGAAAACAGGACAAAGAAAGCUUAUGGGACGGGAUAUAUCGGGAAAUCGGCAGAACAGCAAAACGGCAUGAAGACCUGCCACUUGUAUAA